AUGAAGGUCAAUGAAACUGCAAUUAGGAUGCCGGAACUAGGAAAAAAUAUGUUGAAAUAUAAAAAUUAUAAAAAUAAAGAAAUGGCUUCAUUCAUAGUUUAUGCUGAUCUGGAAAGUGUGUUAAGACCUACCAAUGACCUCCAAAAGCCGCAACAUCAUGUUCCAGCUGCCGUUGGAUACCAUAUGAAAUGUAGUUACGAUAAUAGUCUCUCUUCUUACAAGAGCUAUCGUGGGCAGGACUGUAUGGCGUGGUUUGCAGAUGAGAUGAGUAGUUUGGCUGAAGACCUGGUAACUGUGUUUUGGUGUCCAUAUGAUAUUGAUAUGACGUUUAAACAAGAGAUGAGCUUUCGUAAGGCGACACAUUGCCACAUCUGUGAACAGGCUUUUAUUCCAGAAGAUAAGAAGGUUAGAGAUCACAUACAUUAUUUAUCAAACAAUAAUUAUCGUGGAGCAUCACAUGAAGGCUGUAAUAUUAACUAUAAAGAUAGUCACACAAUACCAGUUGUCUUCCAUAAUCUCAGCGGUUAUGAUGCUCAUUUUAUUCUAACAGAUAUAGCUACAAGAAUAAAGGGAUCUAUCGAUUUGUUACCUAUACCAAAGAGAAGUAUAUUUCUUUCACCAAACAUAUUGAUGAGUAUCCUAUUCAGUUUCGAUUCAUAG